GCAGCGGGCGGCAGCCGGGCAGAGCUGCGGGCAGAGCGAGGCGCUCCACGAGGGGACGGCCUCGCCGCCCGCCGGGGCGCUUCUGACUCGCCAUGUGGGGCGCCGCCCUCGCGCUGCUCCUGGCGGUGCUCGCCCUGGUCAGCCUUCUUGGCCGGCGGCUCUGGCGCCCCUGGAAGCGCGUCGUCGGUGCGAGGACCUUGCCCGGGGCCCCCGACCGGGACGACGACGAGGAGGUGGAUGGCGGAGGCCCCGCGGACCGGUUUAGCGACGGGCACGAGCCGCUGCCCGGCGGGUGCAGCCUCAUCUGCAAGCCGUCGGCGCUGGCCCAGUGCCUGCUGCGCUCCCUGCGACGCUCGGCGGCGCUCGAGCCCGGCCCGCGCUGCUGGCUCGCGGGGCCCCACCUGCAGACCCUCCGCCACUUUGUCCUGCCCGUGGGGCCCAGGCCAGAGCUGGCCCGGGAGUACCUGCAGUUGGCGGACGACGGGCUGGUGGCCCUGGACUGGGUCGUGGGACCUUGUGGCCGGGGCCGCAGGGUCACCAACGCCGGGGGCCUUCCAGCGGUGCUGCUGGUGAUCCCCAAUGCGUGGGGGCGGCUCACCCGCAACGUGCUCGGCCUCUGCUUGCUCGCCCUGGAGCGCGGCUACUACCCGGUCGUCUUCCACCGCCGCGGCCACCACGGCUGCCCGCUGGUCAGCCCCCGGCUGCAGCCUUUUGGGGACCCGUCUGACCUCAAGGAGGCAGUCACUUACAUCCGCUUCCGACACCCCGCGGCCCCGCUGUUCGCGGUGAGCGAGGGCUCGGGCUCGGCGCUGCUGCUGUCUUACCUGGGCGAGUGCGGCUCCUCCAGCUACGUGACAGGGGCCGCCUGCAUCUCGCCGGUGCUACGCUGCCGUGAGUGGUUCGAGGCCCGCCUGCCCUGGCCUUACGAGCGAGGCUUUCUGCUCCACCAGAAGAUCGUCCUCAGCAGGUACGCCACGGCCCUGGAGGACACAGUGGAUACCAGCAAACUGUUCGGGAGCCGCUCCCUUCGAGAGUUUGAGGAGACCCUCUUCUGCCAUACCAAAAGUUCCCCCAUCAGCUGGGAUACCUACUGGGACCGCAACGACCCUCUCCGGGAUGUGGACGAGGCGGCCGUGCCCGUGCUGUGCAUCUGCAGCGCUGACGACCCCGUGUGCGGGCCCCCAGACCACGCUCUGCCCACGGAACUCUUCCACAGCAACCCCUACUUCUUCCUCCUGCUCAGCCGCCACGGGGGCCACUGCGGCUUCCUGCGCCAGGAGCCCCUGCCGGCCUGGAGCCACGAGGUCAUCUUGGAGUCCUUCCGGGCCUUGACUGAAUUCUUCCGCAUGGAAGAGAGGAUGAAAGGACUGAGCAGGCGCAGAGCUUCAUUCCUAGGGGGCCGGCGUCGCUGGGGGAGCCUGCAGAAGCGGGAGGUCUCUCCCUCUUCCAGUCUGGAGGAGAUCUUUAGCUGGAAGCGAUCAUACACAAGGUGAGACCUGGCCCGAGAACCACCCCCACUCUCGCAAGACAACACGUGGGAGUCCCGAAAAGAUGGCGAGGACUGAAUGGGCAGCUCCAGCUCUAUGCUCCUGAUUCAGCCCCUUCUCUCUUAAACUGGUCUGUGCACAGGUGGGACUUCCAGCAAGCCUGUGCUCACUUCACCCUGAGCAGAGCUCCUGCCCAGGCAGCGCUCGACACAUUCCUGCUCGUCCUGAUUAGCAGCAGAGCAUUCCCGGUCUCUGUCUUCUGUCACCGACUUCACAGCCAAAGAAUAGCACCUUUUAAGUCCAUGGACUCAGGAGAAAAUGCUCUCUUACUAGCAAUGGCUGCUGGCAUGAUUAAUGUAUGCUCGUCAUGGGGCAGCUCUGUCCCACAUAAAUAUUUUAAUAAUUUAGCUCGGUGACCCUGAUUCCCGAGCUGGAGCCACUUGAUGUAGUAAGGACAGGAUGUUUGUGUCUCGGUCCCACUUCCCGAAUUUGCUUUGUGGUGUGGUGCGCCGCUCUGACUUACUAGAGCUGCUCGGCUAUUUCAGGCUCGUGUGAGUGAGAAAGGAAGCAGUAGGUGCUGUGCUGGGACUGGCUUGGCGAGGGCUAAGGUAGAAAAUGUGAAUGCCUUUGCCUGGAACACCUUAGUCUACUAGUCUCAGAGGAGCUCUGCAAGUCUCAGCCGGGAAUGGAGCUGAUCUAGGGUUUGAGCAUGGGACCAGGCCUCUCUGGAGAGAUCCCAAGGGUGUUUUGGGAAUGGGAAGUGUUCUCACACAGGGUCUGAGAGUUCUGCUAGACUAUAGUUCGGGUACCCCACAUGCUCUCUUCAGUACCAUUGCAGGGGAUUAUCACAGACAGCUCCAGCCACAGUAGUUUUUCUUCUGAGACGUGGGCUUUCUCUGCGUCAGUGAAAAGUACAAACCUUAUUGAGUAGUUGUUUUCUGGUUAGUUGCUCCCUUUUCUGACACUACUACUGGCCUCUCCCUUUCCAGAGCCAGGAGAGACAUCUGGGACCAGGAGGACAAAAGCACCAAGAGGUUGACUAGAGCUGACUCCAUGAUUUAUGAAUAUUUCACAUUGCCAUGCUUUGUCUGCUCAAUUAUUCAAAAGGCCAUCCAUGUAAAGGCAGAAAAGCUUCUUUCUGGAUCUGGCCACUCAGCAAUUAAGUGGGUAUUUGGUUUUAUGAGGAAUAAUGCUGAAGUCCAGAGUAAAAUAAGAUAUAGUGUACAGAUUGAUCUACAUAUGCUGGUUUGGAUUAGGCCAUUAAAAUUGUCUUGACAAUAGAA